AAAAAAAAUAGAAACACAAAAAUCCCACACUCACAGGAAAGAGGAAACACAUGAAGUUUCAAUCUUUUUCUUUUUUUCUUUUUUUCUUUUUUUUUUUUCUGCAAAUUUUCUUAGUAUAAUGUAUCCGCUAUGGAUUUGUAGCAGCAGUUCCUGACUCUCCGACAGGUGGAUGGGAUCAUUCGUUGGAACAGCAGUGCUUGAGCUUGAGAAUGAGAACACUGUUGCUGUUAACCAGAAGAUGUUAUCUGUAGAUGAUUCUCCUCGCAUAUCUUCUUUUUAUACUAGGUUGGAUGAUCUCAGUUAUAAAUAUGUAUUAAAUGGGGUAGUAAGCAGCAUUAAACUUGUGUUUUUAUCAAAAAAGUUGAACCUUCUUGUACCUUGCGGGCCUCUAGCUGUAAUUGUUGAUCUGUUCACCAAUCAUCAUGGAUGGAUCUUCUUUCUAAGCUUAUUAGGCAUCAUACCUCUGGCCGAGCGUUUAGGUUGGGUCACAGAGCAGCUAGCUUUCUACACUGGUCCUACAGUUGGAGGCCUUUUAAAUGCCACUUUUGGAAAUGCAACAGAGUUAAUAAUAUCAAUGUAUGCACUUAACAGAGGCAUGAUACGUGUUGUUCAGCAGUCACUAUUGGGCUCAAUUCUCUCGAACAUGUUACUGGUGCUUGGAAGCGCGUUUUUUGCUGGUGGAAUUGCUCAUUCUCACAAAGAGCAAGUUUUCAACAAGGGAACUGCAGUAAUGAAUUCGGGGUUGCUUUUGAUGGCUGUGAUGGGGCUGUUGUUACCAGCUGUCCUCCAUUUUACACACACCGAGAUGCAUUUUGGGACAUCUGAGUUGGCGCUCUCAAGGUUUAGUAGCUGCGUAAUGCUUGUAGCAUAUGGUGCAUAUAUCUUUUUUCAGUUGACUAGUGAAAGGAGUCUCUACGUGCCAAUUGCAGAGGAAGAUAGUCAAAAUGAUGGUGACUCAGAUGACGAAGAAGGUCCGGAGAUAUCCAAGUGGGAAUCAGUCACAUGGCUUUUUGUUUUGACUGUAUUGAUAACUGUGCUAUCUGAGUACCUUGUUAAUGCCAUAGAGGGGGCAUCUGUUGCAAUGAGCAUUCCCGUCGCAUUUAUAAGUGUCAUUAUGCUUCCUAUUGUCGGAAAUGCAGCAGAGCAUGCUGGUGCUGUCAUGUUUGCGGUGAAAGACAAGCUUGACAUAUCCUUGGGAGUGGCAAUAGGAUCCUCGACACAAAUAGCCAUGUUUGGGAUCCCGUUCUCUGUGGUUGUUGGCUGGAUAACGGGGCAACCAAUGAACUUGGACUUCCAACUUUUUGAAACGGCCACCCUCUUCAUGAGUGUUCUUGUAGUAGCAUUCAUGCUACAGGAAGGAACUUCAAAUUACUUCAAGGGGCUCAUGCUCCUUCUCUGCUACCUGAUAGUCGCUGCUAGUUUCUUUGUACAUAUAGAUCCCGAAACUAUACGGGACGAGGCUGAGAAGCCAUAGUUGGUAAAAUGCAGGCAGCGGAUUCAUGGCACACUGCACUCACCUGCAAAAUUCGAAUACCCCUAGCUUGUGUACAUGAUGAAAGUGUUGAAGAAAUGUCGGUGAAUUCCCCGCGUAAGAUUUGAUGUUCGCUUUCUCUCUGUUGUGUUCUUGAUGAAGAUCAUUUUGGUCCCUCAGUUCACCAUAGUGGAGAAUGCUUGUCUCCAAAAAAAAUGCAGGUUGAAGUAAACUAGUGGGUUGGUUUCUGAGUUGAGCUAAUACUGUAAAGAUACAAAAUGUAUGAAUAUAUAUGUGUUUUGAAAGGUGAAUAUAUUUAGAGAAUGGCUCUGAUCAGAUGAACU